GAAGUUGCCCAAAGGGUUUACUCAGAAGUAAACUCCACUGAGGAUAAACUUUUACAGUUCAGUCCUCAGACUGCUCCAUUGUCACAUAGCUGUGGGGCAUUCUUCCUAAACUCUAGGCGAAAUGCUUGCAACUUAGCCCGACGGUACUAGCUCUGCCCUCAGGACAGAAAACAUUCAGUGUGGUCAUGUUGGAGCUCUGUCGCAGUGGCUGGCUGACCUGAGGGGAGCUGUUGGACUACAAUUUCCAUUGCCCCCUCUGCAACGUGUAGCAGGGGAGGAUGGGAAUUGGAACCCAACAACGGCUGGAGAGCCUUGUUGGCCCAAGUGGAGUCCCAAACAUCUUGCUGCCUGAGGCGAAGGACUGUAGCAGGACUCUCCUCUGUUUGCAGUCUCUUCGGCUGGGGCUUCAGUCCUUCCGUCAAACACUGGAUUCCACCCCCUCCCCCUUCAAGCAAGAGAGGGGAAAGCAGAAGAGCCUCUUUCUGCUGCUUAACAUUGCCAGGCGAUCGGACAGGGAAAGAGACGAGCCGUUGGAACGGGAGACCUGCCAAACGCAGCUAGAUCUAUACAGCCCCCCUCACCACCUCGAGCAUGACUGGACUUCUAGCAAAAAUGCGCAGCCCUCUCUUUUGGACAAUCCUGGCCGGGAUGGCAUCGCUGUUCCUCUUCCAAGGAGUGCCCGUGCGCAGCGGAGAGGCCACCUUCCCCAAGGCUAUGGACAACGUGACCGUCCGGCAAGGGGAGAGCGCCACCCUCAGGUGCUUCGUGGAUAACCGGGUGACCCGAGUAGCCUGGCUCAAUCGCAGCAGCAUCCUUUAUGCUGGCAAUGACAAGUGGUGUUUGGACCCUCGGGUGGAGCUGAUUGCCAACACCAAAACCCACUAUGCGAUCCGGAUAAAUGACGUGGAUGUGUAUGACGAGGGACCCUACACAUGCUCUGUGCAGACGGACAAUCAUCCAAAGACAUCCCGAGUCCACCUCAUCGUUCAAGUUCCUCCCAAGAUUGUCGAGAUAUCUUCAGAAAUCUCCAUCAAUGAAGGUGGCAAUGUCAGUCUCACCUGCAUCGCUACAGGCAGGCCAGACCCUACAAUCACCUGGAGACAUAUUUCACCCAAAGCUGUGGGAUUCUUGAGUGAAGACGAGUACCUGGAGAUCUCUGGCAUCACCCGGGAGCAGUCUGGGGAGUACGAAUGCAGCGCGUCCAAUGAUGUUGCAACUCCUGUUGUGCGGAGAGUAAAAGUCACUGUCAACUACCCACCAUACAUCUCAGAUGCUAAGAACACGGGGGUACCAGUAGGACAGAAGGGCAUCCUCCAGUGCGAAGCCUCUGCAGUUCCAUCAGCAGAGUUCCAGUGGUACAAAGAUGACAAAAGGCUCCUUGAAGGACAGAAAGGGUUGAAAGUGGAAAACAAAGCCUUCUUCUCUCGCCUGACUUUCUUCAACGUCUCCGAGCAAGACUACGGGAACUACACCUGCGUGGCCUACAAUCAGCUAGGAAAUACCAACGCCAGCAUCAUUCUGUAUGAAAUAAGUGAGCCCACAAGCUCAACCUUGUUCCAAGAAGAAACAACCGCAAUCCAGACACCCUGGAAAGGCCCUGGAGCAGUGCAUGAUGGGAACAAUGGCGGAUCAAGGAGAGCUGGCUGUGUCUGGCUGCUUCCCUUCCUUCUGUUGCACCUGCUGCCCAAGUUUUGACCCUGUCAACCAUGGUGACAAGAAGAAAUAAGAGUAUUACAAUUUUUUUAAAUAAUCAUAAUAGGAAAGAGAGUAUAUUAUGAGGAAAUCUUGGGGGGAAGGAAAGGGAGUCUGAAAAGCAAGAAGCGUCCAAAUGGUUCUACUGAUGUUUCAACACGACUGAGUGUUUCGUUUUCUUUCUUUCUGGUUUUUUUGUUUCUUUGUUUCCAUUAUUUUUCCCCCUGCCAUGGACAAGUAUGCAGCGGUUGGGGACCAACCUGUGCAUUUGGAUGAGUGACCACUCUCCCCCAUUUCCCCAUCCUGAUUCUAGCAAUCUAGCCGGCUCAGUCAUUUUCUUUUCUCUCUGCCCAGUUCUCCUCCAUGGAGGAUAAUGAUGUCGGUUGCCCUAUACACAGCUUUCCCCCACUUUUUUCCAAUUUCCCUCUUCAUGGAUUGCGCUGUCAUUUGUUUGAGUGCAAACGACAACAAAACAACUGCAGCCGACAAGCACGCCGACAAAACGACCACAAGUGACUGCAAGAAUAAACACACACACAUACAACGAGAUUGUUGAGACAUUGAUUCAUUGUACUACGUGGAUAUAUCACGGAUAAUAAGGGAUUCUGAUUCAUUAUUAAUUUUAUUAAUUAUAUUUUCUGAUAUGAGCCUAGAACUGUUAGUUCAUAAAAAAAACAAAACGAACAAAAAAAACAAAACAAAAAAAUGGGCAAAAAAUGAGAAGUAAGUUUAUUAAGUAUUAAAAAAACGAAUAGCGGGCUUCUUUACUAGGUUUACAGGAGGUGAAGUGUCGACGUCUCUGGUUGUUUGCAUGAACAGUCUGGAUAAGAGUUGACUAGUCCAGCGGAAAAGAAGAAACAAAGAGAGAGCGAAGAUGAACAAGCAAUGCCUCCACCAGCAUUAUCGAGUUUUCAUUCAUUAUUCUGGUGUUCAACUCAAGAAGGUUUUCCACUGUCUUCAUACUGUUUGGAAGUACAAAGGUUGAUGCUCACUGUAUGUUGAGUUAGAUGGAUAUGCUUAUUCUUUUUAUGAGCUCUAUAAAUAUAUAUAUAUAUAUACAGUAUAUAUAUAUAAAUAUACAUUAUAUAUAUAUAAUUAUUAUUUUUUGUUAACAUUAUAGCACAUGAUUUCUCAGCCCGGUCCUCCUCCUGACAUUACUGCAUGCUGUGUAUGGAGUUAGCUGUGUAUUGGUCUUUUCAGACACAAGGAUAGAGUUUUAUUGGUAACUGUGUAAUUAAUUCCUGCUGAUUUUUAUUUUAUUUUUUUGCCUUCCCGUUGGCUAUUUACAUGUUGGAGACAUUUAUAUAUAAAAAAAGAAAACAAAAGAAAGAAUGCAAAACAAAAUUCUACAGUGUCUCUUUCCAGAUUUCAGUUAAUAUGAGGGGAAAACCUUGAUAACCAAUCCACUUAAUUUGUUUUCCCUGCUUUAUACAACUCCAGAUACAACAAGGAUACAAAAGAAAGUAAGUUUCAAAUAAUAGUAAAAGGCUGCUCAUGUGGAGUGCCAGGGUCCGCAUGGAUCCUGCUUCGCCCGUCCAGCCAGACCCAACUUCUACACCUGGCUUUUAGCCAAGGUUUCGGGCGUGAGCAUGUCCUUGAUUCUGCUGCCAGAAUUGUGUGUGAGCUCUGGCUGCUUGCAGCCCAAGUGCACACAGAGAUGGUUGCCUAGAGUGCCCAUCUCAUAGAGAUAUCUCCCAAUGCGCCGUGCUCAUCGUGUGGUGCAUUGUGGGAUACCCAGAGGCCCGGACGCAGUAUCUGGGCCUCCAGAGAGCCACAAUGGUCAGUGUGGCUGUGCAAUAACAUGCCCAAAGAGGAGACACACUGUCUGGGGGGAAGGUGAGUUGGACCCUGCCCUCCACCCCUCACCCACCUGCAUGCGGGUCAUAUUUUCUGUGGCUACUACUCAUUUUCUGUGGCUACUAGAGAAAUCAAAUUGUUUUGAUUUUGUUGUCUCAUUUCCUUUUCAGUGCACAGAAAUGGAAAAAUGUGCUUUGAAAUAGAGGUUGUGGGAUAGCCCAGUAGAAGGUUAAUACUGGAAGGUUGGCUUUGACUUAACAUUUUUAUAAAAGAUGUUCCAUGUUGCUCCUUAGCCGGGUUGUGGUACCUCAUUGUCUAGGAGGUUGUGCAUAUAUAGUGACUGCAGAGAAUUGGUGACCCUUCCACAAAAGUUCGAACUUUGGUGUAGAGGAGAUCUGGGCUGGGGCAGCUAGUGGGAUGCCAAGACAGUGGUAGGCAAAGUGUACCAUCCAAAUGCUUCAACAUGCUUAACUGCUUUCUGGGGCAUGCAAUUGUUCGUAGUUGGGUUUAAAAUGGCUUGUUAAUGCGCUGUGGGGGGCAGAAAUCUCUGAAUUUCACUGGGCUCAUUAUAUAUAGAUCUAUGACCCUGAAUUUAGAGUUACUCCAAAUUAAAAACAAUUGUGGGCGCGAGUGGGUGGGAAGGCUGGUGUGUGAUCCCAUGAAAAUUAGAAGUAUGUAGUAGAUGACGUCAUAUGUUAUGGAACCCACAAGUUGACUGCAGCUUCUUGUAUUCUUGCCUUCUAUGAGUUCCUAACUGUUCAUGGUUCCCUUGCUUGCUCAGGAUGGAUCCUGGGUAUCUUGUCUGCUUGAGCCUCUUUGCCUCUUAGGGUUCUUGCCUUCCUUCUGAUUCCUCCCUGCUGAUGGACUGACCUUCUGGCUUCAAGACCCAGCAUCCCAACCUUGAGUUUGGUAUUGGAUUUCCCUUCAUCAGGAGCCUCAACAUGGUUACCUUGCACUUGCAGAUGCUGACCAUGCAACUACUAUUCAAAUCCCAGUUAGUAGUGACCAGAUUGUAGUGGAGGGGGAAUGCGCAAGGAUGGAGCACUGUUUCUUCUUGGCUUCUCUGGCUGUUGGUGUGGGCAUGGCCAUGGGGGCACUGUUCCCUAUAAUAAGAAUUCACAGGUGUUGUUGACUACCAUCAUCUCCAACCAAAGGCCAUUGCGGCUCCAGAUUCUGGAAGUUGUAGUCAACAAGAUCUGGGAAUCCCUGUUAGAGGGAACACUGCAUGGGGGCUGUCAUGGAGAGCACCUGCACUUCUGAAUUUGAAACUAUGUCACUGGUAGUGACUCUAGGCAAACGGUUUAUUUGGAGGCUAGGAGAAAGCAAGCUUCCUCCCUCCCACACACCCCCAUGGAAGGGAGCUGUGAGUCUCAAAAGCUGUGUUCUCUUUCACCAGCAGAUAUGGGUCUACUGAGAGUCUUCAUCCUGCUUGCUUGGUUAACUCCUGUAAGUGUUGCACUCUAUAGAUGGAUAAAGUAUAGUGACUUUUUAUUUAUUUGUUUGCUUGCUUAUUUGAUUAAUAUACCACCCUUCCAAAAGUGGUUCAAGGCAGUUUACGUUAAAAUAAAAAAUACAUAACAAUUAAAAGCAAAAACCAAUUAAAGGCAGGUUAAAAUUACAAUUAACACUAGAUAACAUUAAAACUAGAUAUCAUUAAAAGCCAGGCUAAAAAGAUAGGUCUUUAAGGCUCUCAUGAACGCCUCCAAGGAAGACAAUCCUCUUAUAUCAUAGGAACAUAGGAAGCUGCCUUAUACUGAAGCUAUUCCCACAAUCACUGGAAGGGACCUUAGACCACUUUCCAGCGAUCAUGGGAACCACCGGGCUUGCCCACAAGCCUAGUGCUCCCAAGGUGUCUUGCCCACCUAAAACACCCUCCCCUUAAACGAGGUUAAUGGAACAGGUGCUCUGUUAACCCUUUUUUCCUGCUUAUGUGCCACCGUAGUGUGCAGCGACACAUGAGUAGACCCCUGAUAUGGGGGUCUUCCCAGAAUGCCCCACAUGAGUGCCACGUGGCCCCCAAUCCUGCAGCCCCCACUAGAGCCGGUAGUCAGAGCCGGUAGUUGGGUAGGUGGGGGGCCUUGGGGGUUGAAUAUGGAAGUGUUCACAUUCACCGGUUGUAAGCCCAUCUGCUAUAUAUGGUGGGCAACCAGGGUGAAAAAGCCUCCCAUUUUGCCUGCUUGCCUGGGACUGCAGAAACAGAUGUCAGGGCUGGAGCACAUCUGGCAGGCCAAUACAUGGCUGAUGGGCUGCAUUGGGCGAGUCACAAGUUCGGGACUUCUUGUAUACAAAUAACUCCAGUAUCCCAGUUUGGUGAGUGGUUCACGUGGGUUGAGUGUGCCCUUUGGGAGGGAAGCCACUGAGUGUAAGCUGCAGAGCUGCAGGUAAUGAGGUCUGGAGAACAGAGACAUAAAAGUUAAAAUUGGGAUUUCCUUCGUUCCUUUCUCUUUACAGCCAUUUCUCUAUCACUUUAUAUAGCUGCUUGGAUGUUAGUGCUAAAAGGGAUUGUUAACCUCCUUGUCUGAUCUUGUCCUUGACUGCAGGUUGUAGACUUUUGAUCGGUGUUCUGCUGCUGCGGCAUCCCUUCUAACUUUGAUGGGUGAGCAGUAGAGAAGAUACAAAAGUCAUAAAUCCAAUCCAUGUUUGGUCUUCACUGAAAGUGAAAGUGUGCCCAAAUAUUGUCUAUGAUGUGCUAUUCCAUUGCUGUCAUCUAACAUAUGGAGACUUGCUAACUGGGCAAAGAGGCACCUUUUAAAAGUGGUGAUUCUCUUUAUUGAGCAUGGGGAGAGCAACUGCCCUAUCCAUCCCUAGCACAAUUUCCCUCCAGUGGCUGUUGCUGGUGUCUAUCUUAGGUUUCUUUUUAGAGUGUAAGUCCUCUGAGGACAGGGAGCCAUCUAUCUAUCUAUCUAUCUAUCUAUCUAUCUAUCUAUCUAUCUAUCUAUCUAUCUAUCUUAUUUAUGUAUAUGAACUACUUUGGGGGCUUUUGUCAAAAAGCGGUAUAUAAAUAUUGGUCGUAGUUGUA